AUGGAAAGGAAGAAGUAUCAGAUAAGUUUGAUAGGGAAAAGUUGUAGUGGGAAAACGACAUGGAUUAGAAAGAAUAAAUGUGAAGAAAUAGAAGAGAAAUACAAAGCAAGUCAGAGUGCAGUGUAUACAGAAAUGAGUAUUUAUUUUGAUAGAAGAAGGAUUAAAGUAGAAAUAUGGGAUACACCAGGGCAAGAAAUAUUUGAAAGGAUAGUUCCAAUUUAUUAUCGAAGAAGUGAUAUAAUUUGUAUAUUUGUUGAUUUAAGUAAAGAAAUUGAAGUGAAUAAAGACAUAAUAAAAUAUAUAGAAAAGAUCAAAGAAGAUAUAGAGAAUAAAAAAAUGGAAGAAGGAAAUAUAAUUAUAGUUGGAAAUAAAAAAGAUAAAGAAAUUGAAGGGAAUUCAAUAGUUAUUAAAGAAAUAGCAAAUAAAAGAAGAAUAAAAUAUAUUGAGACAUCAAAUAUAGAUAAUAAAUAUUUCAAAACAAUGACAGAUAUUUUAUUUUAUUCAAUAAUAGAAGAAGAAAAUGAAAAUGUAAUAAAAGAAAUAAAAGAAAUAAAAGAAGAAAAGAAAGAAAAGAAAGAAAAGAAAUGUAAUAUCAAUUGA